AUGCGUGCAUGCCAUAGAUCCCAAGACAAGGGUGAAUGGACGAAGGCACUGAGUUCACGAGGGAGACGUGCUCCUGAUGGUGCAUUGGGACGAAUGAACUUCAGGUCGAGGAAGAAGAGGUUUCUGGUCAUCGGUAUCUCUCCGAGAGAGAGCAGGUUUAUCAUGGCUCCAGGGGCAUGUAAACAAUCAGUGAAUGUCACUCUGAAAGUUUGGUUCCCCAGUGUCAGAUCAGUGACGCAGAUUACGCUAGAAUUUGGUUUCAGCAUCAAACUUGAACUUCAUGUGCAAAUUCAAGCAUUCAGUUUCACGUUCGAAACCAGUACACCUGGACCUAUAACAGUUGAAAUCACUAUCCGAAAGUCUCUGAAACGGUCAAGGUCACAGACGAUCGAAGCCACGGACAGCACCGACAUGGAAACACAGAGGCCAGAAUUCCAACUCGUAAAUACUCAAGCAUUGCUAACUGAAGCCAUCAAGGCAAACCUCGAUGCAAAGGCUAGUGCUGAUGAGGUCAUUGACAAUAGUGUGACUGGAGCCAGGAUCGCAACCCGAGCAACAUCCACUGCUUCUGGAUGCAUUCGUUUGCGGCGUCAAGCUGCCUAUCAGUGUGUUGGGCAUGUUCGGUCGUUGAUACAUGUUCUGACUCAUGUGCGGAAGGAAUUACAGAGGGUGCCCGUGAAGACGCCUCGCUUCCUGAGCCUCCCGCAAAAUGACGAUGACCGGAACUAUGAUGCGCAGCAUGGACUGUGGGGGUGGCUGGUGGGCACCGAAAUAAGGGUAGGGAGAUGGAGAUGGCUGAUGUUUAUCCUGAGCACCCUGCUGCAUGCUGCCUGUUCCAAAUCAAGGCGCAGGGCUGAAGAAAUCAUCGCGUUGAGGCAACUGUGGCAAUGCUUGGUUCCCGAUGUUCAGUGGGGAUAUAUGGGGCUGGAGCACCGCUGGGGCGUCUCUGAGGCUGGCCUUGAAACUCGUACAUGGCCGAGUAGGGUGCUGGAGGAUACUACCAAGGGCCAGGGAGCAUCUGGGGGAGGCUAG